UCCAGUUUCCACCAUGGCCGUCCGUUUCGACCGACUCUCAACCUGCGUUCUUCUCCCCUAUAAAUUCCCUUUCCUUCUCCUCUUCCUCUUCCAUCGAUUCUAUCGCUAAGCAUUUCGAUUUCCCUACAAAAUCAAUCAUCUAAUCGCAUCUUUCUUCCGUUUUCAAUCUCAAGCUCCUCUGAAUUUCCCCCACGUUUUUUCGCUAUGGCUGAUUCCAAUCCUUCGUCGCAGCACCAAGAAAUGGCGGCUAGGGCAGAGGAGGAGAGGCUGAAGUAUUUGGAGUUUGUUCAAACGGCGGCGUUUCGAGCGACGGAGUGUUUCUUCAACGUUUAUGGCUAUGCGAAGAACCGGAUUGGUCCACUGAGGCCCGGCGUUGAGACUGUCGAGGGCACUGUGAAGUCUGUUGUCGGUCCUUUGUACAAUAAGUUCCACGGCGUUCCGAUUGAGGUUCUUAAGUUCGUCGAUCGCAAGGUUGACGAGUCGGUGACCAAGAUCGAUCGCCAUGUACCGCCAACCAUCAAGCAAGCCUCAUCGCAGGCCAUGUCUGCUGCACAGCAAGCGCCUGAAAUUGCCCGAAAUGUAGCCUUGGAGGUCAGACACACUGGCCUUAAAGACUCUGUCUCUGGCAUUGUGAAAUCUGUGUAUGCCAAGUACGAGCCAACUGCUAAGCAACUCUACUCCAAAUACGAGCCGAAGGCCGAGCAAUGCGCAGCUUCGGCAUGGCACAGACUCAACCAGCUCCCUGUUUUCCCCACUGUCGCACAAGCCAUCUUGCCAACUGCAGUGUACUGCACCGAGAAAUACAACGAGACCGUGCAAAGCACCUCCAAGAAGGGCUACAAGGUCUCUUCGUACCUUCCGUUGGUCCCUACUGAGAGGAUUGCCAAAGUGUUCAGCAAGGACAGAAUUGAGAUGGAGCCCUUGGUGAAUUGAGAGUCCUUGGAUUUCCUGGUUUCGAAAUAACACAUUAUGAAUGUUUUUGUUGAAUGGAGGCACACUUAUAUGUUGGUGGUUGUCAUCCUCUCUGAGCCUUGUGUUGUUUUGGCUUCAGAUAUAGCUAUGGCUUUUAUGUUUCUUCUUUGAUAAGAGAUAUUAGUUACACAGGUUUGAUAUUAUAUUUGAAGGCUUAAUUAAUUCCUGUAGUCUCUGUUUCAGAUUAA